UCCUUAGUGCCGCCGGGCAGCGCGGGGCGCACACCGAGCGCCGUCCCCCUCCGCCCCACCGCCCAGCCCAGGGACGUGCUAUGGCUACGUCUAUCCUCGGGGAAGAGCCGAGAUUUGGAACGACUCCCCUGGCCAUGCUGGCCGCCACCUGCAACAAGAUCGGCAACACCAGCCCCCUGACCACCCUGCCCGAGUCGAGCGCCUUCGCCAAAGGGGGCUUCCACCCCUGGAAACGCUCCACCUCCAGCUGCAACCUGGGCUCCAGCCUCUCGGGCUUCACGGUGGCCACGAGCAGGGGCUCCAGCGGACUGGCCAGCGGCACGGGCACCGCCAACAGCGCCUUCUGCCUGGCCUCCACCUCGCCCACCUCGUCGGCCUUCAGCAGCGACUACGGCGGCCUCUUCUCCAACUCGGCGGCGGCGGCGGCGGGCGUGUCCCCGCAGGAGCCCGGCGGGCAGUCGGCCUUCAUCUCCAAAGUGCACAGCUCGGCGGCCGAGAGCCUCUACCCGCGGGUGGGCAUGGCGCACCCCUACGAGUCCUGGUACAAGUCGGGCUUCCACUCCACGCUCUCGGCGGGCGAAGUGGCCAACGGGGCGGCCUCCUCCUGGUGGGACGUCCACACCAACCCGGGCUCCUGGCUGGAGGUGCAGAACCCGGCGGGGGGGCUGCAGAGCUCGCUGCACUCGGGCGCCCCCCAGGCCUCGCUGCACUCCCAGCUGGGCACCUACAACCCCGACUUCAGCUCCCUCACCCACUCCGCCUUCAGCUCCACCGGCCUGGGCUCCACGGCCGCCUCGCACCUGCUCUCCACCAGCCAGCACCUGCUCACCCAGGAGGGCUUCAAGCCCGUGCUGCCCUCCUACACGGACUCCAGCGCGGCGGUGGCGGCGGCCAGCGCCAUGAUCUCGGGCGCCGCCGCCGCCGCCGCCGGGGGCGGCUCGGCCCGCUCCGCCCGCCGCUACUCGGGCCGCGCCACCUGCGACUGCCCCAACUGCCAGGAGGCCGAGCGGCUGGGGCCGGCGGGGGCCAGCCUGCGGCGCAAGGGGCUGCACAGCUGCCACAUCCCCGGCUGCGGCAAGGUGUACGGCAAGACCUCGCACCUGAAGGCGCACCUGCGCUGGCACACGGGCGAGCGGCCCUUCGUCUGCAACUGGCUCUUCUGCGGCAAGCGCUUCACCCGCUCCGACGAGCUGCAGCGGCACCUGCGGACUCACACGGGCGAGAAGCGCUUCGCCUGCCCCGUCUGCAACAAGCGCUUCAUGCGCAGCGACCACCUGAGCAAACACAUCAAAACGCACAACGGGGGCGGCGGCGGCAAAAAGGGCAGCGACAGCGACACGGACGCCAGCAACCUGGAGACGCCGCGCUCCGAGUCCCCCGACCUCAUCCUGCACGAGGGGGUGGGCGCUGCCGCCCGCGGACCGGGCAAGGAACCUACUGCGGGGCCCGGCGACUCCUAGGGGCAGCGCCGCCCGGCCCCGCGCCGCCGGGGAGCCCCCGGGAGCCGC